AUGCAUUUAAAAAGUGUGUAGAUCAUUUCGGAAAUCUGGAUAUUGUAGUGAACAACGCAGGAGUUAUUGGAAAUAUCGAGAUGGUUAUCAAAACAAAUCUGCUGGCGUUAGUUGAAAUAUCAAAUUUGGCUUUCUUUGAUUAUCUUCCGAAAUAUAGGAAGGGCAAGGAGGGUGUCAUAAUUAAUAUAGGUUCGGUUGGUGGUUUGUAUCCAUUCCAUGUACUUCCCGAUUAUUCUGCAUCCAAGCACGGAGUGGUAGCAUACACUCAGGCUAUAGGAACCAAGGCUCAUUACCAGAAUACGCAAGUAAAUGUCAUAGGUCUCUGUCCAGGAGGAACGGAUACCGACAUUUUUAAAGGUGUGCCGGAAUACUACCAACAGUUUAUGAAGGAUAUUGACUUCGGCUUGCAACCACCUGAAAUCGUUGGCGAGGCUUUGAUCAAGGUGUUGAAAGAAGGAAGCAAUGGUUCUAUUUGGAUUAGCAAGAACAGUGAACCUGCCUUCGAGUUUGACUACAAAUCAGAAACAUGGCCGAUUUUGUUGAAAUAUGUCUCUUAAAAAAAUAUGCAAGUAGAAAGAGUUUUAUCCUAUAAAUAUAUCUAA